AUGUCCCCCCAACCACACUGUGGCCGCAAAAGCGCCCUCCUAACCCUCCUCCUCUUCUUCACCAUCCUCCUCCGCCUCACCGCCGCCGCCCCAGACCCAUCCCCCCUCAACACAACCCUCGACAUCUCUGCGCUCUAUCAGUCCGCAGACGCCGACUGCGUCGGCUACGAGGGCCAGUGGAACUGCCUCGCGGAUAAGUUUCAGCGCUGCACGGCCGGCAAGUGGACCGCCGCACUGUCGUGCAGCGCCGACGAGGGCACGCUUGACAGCAGGGACACGACGACGACGACGUGCUCGCCGCUGGGGAGGACGGAUCUGGUCGAGUUCGCGGGGGAGUGCAGCGCGGCGUGGGGGUAUGGCGGCGGCAGUGGAUGGGGGAGCGGGAGCGGUGGGCGGUGUAAUAGCAAUGGGUGCUAUUAUGGUGCUGGGGCGAAUUUGACGGUUGAGAAGUGGGUUUAUGCGUUGGUUAUUCAAAAUAUACCCGAAACAUCACUCAACAUGGCCGCCAACACCAACACCGCGACUCUCGACGCUGAGAACGCCUACCAGAGCCCUACGGUUCCCGCGACAAAUGAUGUAGCUCGCACCAACACAACUGCGACCACUGGAGCCGGCGUCGGAAGCACGGUGGGCAGCAAUGCUCACGUUGCCGGCAACCCCGCGACGCACGCUGGCACUCACGCACCAGUCGGCGGCGGAGAUGCGCCAACGACGCGGUCUGGAGGCAUCGGGGGACAGAUCAAGGGCGCACUCGCCCAAGGACAUGGCGUUGGUGAGGUGCUGAGGGGCAAGUUCAACUCAGCGGUUGACACUGCGGCCGGCGACACCGCUGGGCAGGCCAAGAACAAGAACAUCGCCACCGGCGGAGAGAGGGAGUUUGCGGGCAAGGACUUUGUCAAGAAGGGUACCCUCGACAAGGCACUUUGA